CUUUAAAAGGAACAGUGAGAGCCAUUCUGCGGGGACACAAGUAUUGCUUUUCAUUUUACUUUGCCAUAAAGCCUGUACUUUUGUAUGCUGUGACCUAUGUUCCCGAAAGAGUCCUCCUCACUGUACAUGUUACCAUGGCGAUGACUGCAGGGACUACAACAUCCUUUCCCAUGAGUAACCACACCCGGGAGAGAGUGACGGUAGCCAAACUUACGCUGGAGAACUUCUACAGCAACCUAAUUAUACAGCAUGAAGAGAGAGAAACCAGGCAGAAGAAGUUAGAAGUGGCUAUGGAAGAGGAAGGCCUCGCAGAUGAGGAGAAAAAACUGCGCAGGUCACAACACGCUCGCAAAGAAACAGAGUUUCUGCGACUGAAGAGGACUAGGCUUGGCUUGGAUGACUUUGAAUCUUUGAAAGUUAUAGGAAGAGGAGCAUUUGGAGAGGUACGCCUCGUUCAGAAGAAGGAUACCGGUCAUAUUUAUGCAAUGAAAAUACUAAGAAAAGCAGAUAUGCUGGAGAAAGAGCAGGUAGCCCAUAUCCGAGCAGAAAGAGAUAUUUUGGUUGAAGCGGAUGGUGCCUGGGUAGUAAAAAUGUUUUACAGUUUUCAGGAUAAAAGAAAUCUUUACCUGAUCAUGGAGUUUUUACCUGGAGGUGACAUGAUGACCUUACUAAUGAAGAAAGACACCUUAUCAGAAGAGGAGACACAGUUUUACAUUUCUGAAACUGUGCUGGCCAUAGAUGCUAUUCACCAGCUGGGAUUCAUCCACAGAGAUAUUAAACCGGAUAACCUUCUGCUGGAUGCUAAGGGUCAUGUAAAACUCUCUGAUUUUGGGCUAUGCACAGGUUUAAAGAAAGCUCACAGAACCGAGUUCUACAGGAACCUUACACACAACCCACCAAGUGACUUCUCAUUUCAGAAUAUGAACUCAAAGAGAAAAGCAGAAACGUGGAAGAAGAACAGGCGACAGCUGGCAUAUUCUACUGUUGGAACCCCGGACUAUAUUGCACCAGAAGUAUUUAUGCAGACUGGGUACAACAAGCUGUGUGACUGGUGGUCUUUGGGAGUGAUUAUGUAUGAAAUGCUAAUAGGGUAUCCACCUUUCUGCUCAGAAACACCCCAAGAGACUUACAGGAAGGUUAUGAACUGGAAAGAAACGCUGGUAUUUCCUCCAGAGGUGCCCAUUUCAGAGAAAGCAAAGGAUUUAAUUUUAAGGUUUUGUACCGACUCGGAAAAUAGAAUUGGUAGUAAUGGAGUAGAGGAAAUAAAAAGUCAUCCAUUUUUUGAAGGAGUGGACUGGGGACAUAUCAGGGAAAGGCCAGCUGCAAUCCCUAUAGAAAUCAAAAGUAUUGAUGAUACUUCCAACUUUGAUGAAUUUCCUGAAUCUGAUAUUUUACAGCCAGUGCCAAAUACAACGGAACCUGACUACAAAUCCAAAGACUGGGUUUUCCUCAAUUAUACCUACAAGAGGUUUGAAGGGCUUACGCAGCGUGGCUCAAUCCCUUCCUACAUGAAAGCUGGGAAGUUGUGAAACAGAACACAAACCCACAAAAGAAAUAAAAAUACGAACCUCAGGUAGCUGCAUCACCAGACCCGCUUGGCAUUAGUUAUCAACACAUUGACUCUGGUGCGCAUCAAUUUCACAAGGAAAUUCUACGGGAUUAGGAUUUCUAAGACUACUACAGGAAUUAGUUGGCAGUGCCAGCUGGCUUUUUUUUUUUAAUAUUUGAAUAUUUUUGUUAACUUUAUUAUACAAAGGUACUGGAAUAAAAGGAACGUACAUCCCUUUGUAACUGCACUGCCUAUGUGUGUUUAACGGUUAAUUAUGCCUCUCUGUACUGUGGCUGUGUUUGUACUGUAAACCAUCUAAUCCACCCAGGAGUAAAACAUAUCAUUUUACGCGGCAUUGUUAUUACGCUGAUUACCUGGUGGGUUUUAGAUAUGCAGUAUAAAAAAUCGUUGCCCACACUUUCAAAAUUCUGAGCAGUUGCUCGAGAGUGUUCUAGUUGUGGUCUGCAGGUGCCCCAUGAGUGUGACAACUUUGAAUUAUUCUGAAUAGCAGUGUCCUGUGGGCCUACUUGUACCCUCACUCCUCCCCACUGGAGGGCUUUAUCAGCCAAUCAUCCCUUCUUCCCUUCCUUCCUUUAUCCACUAUGUGUGGCAGUGAAAGAGUCCCUGUGAUGUGUUUAGUGGUAUUUGUGCUUUAAACAAUAGCUGAUGGGUGUUACUAUUUAAGUUGAUGAUGCGUUUUGGCAACUUCAGAAGAAAAAAGGAAUCUGAAUAAAAAUUAUAAAGAUUCUUAACUGAAGGGAGACCUGAUAGCAAGUUCGGAAGAGAUGGCAGUUCCCAGGACAGCCUCUGCUGUAAGGCAGAUCUUCAUUUUGCAACUCAUCAUUCGAAUAGCCUUUUCUGUCUGUGCAGAAUGUGUUCUAGAAAAGUGAUCAAAUUGCUGCUUUCUCUUUUUUGUCUCCCUAAGAAGUUCCGGGCAGAAGUGAUUCUGCUCUGACCUUUUCUUUCCAGAAUACCCUGUAGCAGCUUCUGCCAAACCAGAGGGAAUGGAGUGCCUCACUGCAGUCACUGUCCUGUGAACUCCAUCUUUUUCUACAUCUAAUGUGAACCGUGGGAUUACAAAGGCUCAGCUGAGCCUGCAGUCCAGUUUCCAGGAACGACAACCAGCCCUCACUGAACUGGGCACAGCCUCUAAAUGCUGCACGACUCAGUCUGCGGGAUGGUGACAAACUGACAGCACAGACAUGUCUCCUUUUCCAAGGCUGAGGAAACUGAAGCAGAAAUCCAUCCAUAUGCAGGGCAUGGUUUUGUUUCUCAGCCCAGCAGUAGUUCAGGAGUGAAUUGCGCUCCUUGAAUAGUUGACAAUUAUCUGGUUGCUGGCAAAUUGAUCUAUAUCACUGCCUGUACUAGUAUAUUAUCUGCAGUACUUUGAAUCUAUCUCAAUACAGUAGAGAUUUUUGCUGUCGUUUUCUAGUUACAAAAGAGAUUUACAGCAGUGAAAAAUUCCCUAGUAAUUGAACAAGCAGAGUCACUGCUGCUGUCUUCUCUGAAUGCAAGUGAAAGGCACUCUAAAGUCUCUGCAGUGCCCAUCCAAGUGAAGCACAGGAUGUUUUGGCAUACGGUAGGAAAGGCUCUGUUGGACUGGCUUUUGCAGCAAAAUGGAAGUGACUAUUUAUAAAGCCAUUACAGAAAUAUGUAUUGCUGUUUGGCAGCAUGGCAUCAGCAGUCCUGAAUGCUUUAAAAACACACUGGGGUGUUCAUCUGCUGCAUAAAAGACCAUUUACCAGCAAGAUUUCUGUGCAUCAGUGGCUUACUGAUGCACACGUGGUCUUGUUCCUCAAGAUCUUCAGUGAUGUCUCUCCUGCAAUAUUUUCUCUUCCUUCAAGCAUCUCAUAUCUGUUAUUUAUACUGCAUUUCUACAAAAAGAUUCAGUAUUCAGCUCAUCACAGAGGAAUAGCCAGUGCCUUGGGGCCCAUCCAAUUUAUACAGUGUUACAUCGGAACGUGGCUAAGCUAAACUUCUGCCUAAAUGCUGGACUUAGGGGAGAACAGCUUGUUGACCUCCCAGUUUUUCUUCCCCGACCUUAUCCUAAUUAACAUUCCUUUACUGCUGUAGGGGCAAGAUCCCUCAGAAAUUCUCUAGUGGUGUUCUUAGCCUUGUCAAUGUAGUGAAGCUCAACCCAUAACUGUCCCAAGACUGUCCAAACCCAAUAACCCGCUUAAAUCUCCCUUUACCCUGUCAGACUUCAUUCUACCAGUGCACUAGCAGCUUUUGAGGCCCCUCAGGAAAGGAAAUUUUUUUUUCUAAGCCAUUCAAUCCAUUCUACCAGGGCAGAGGAGCUUGGGCAGAAAGUAUCUGAGAUGCAAACUUGGCCUCAAAGGACACUGCUAUUCCAAAGAGAAUUUUUAUUAGUUUUAAUUUCCCGUCUCGUUCAUGGGGCACUGUGCACUAGAAGUGGAAUUCCUGCAAACAACUCAUUGCAAAAGAUAACGGUUAUCCUAUUUGCUUAAUAUAAAAACAAGUCUUUGCUUGAAUUUGCUAAGACAAGAUAAGUUUCAUGGAAACUGCAAAUGCUCAGUUAUAUUGCUGAUUUUUUUCCCCUGUGGGGUCUAGGGGAAGGGAGAUAAAUACACAAUUUAAAGCUAUCUAUUCAACAACUGUGUCUGUACAUACUUACUGGUUUACAAACUUGGGGAAAAAGCUCAACCCUUAUUUGUAACACUAAAGAUAAUGCUCAUUUAAAACUGCAGAUGAUUAAUCAUAUCAGUGCUCACAUAGGAGUUAUAUCCAUACAGAAACAGCCUGCAGCCUAUUUAGCAUAAACUCCGGUAUUGUGGUAGUUGAUUUUUUUUUUUUUUUUUAAACACAGCAUCAUUUUAAUCAGUAAGUCAAGUUAAACAAAGUAUUAACUACUGCUUUUAGGAUGAUAGAAUUAUUUUUAAAGGUGAAACUGUGACACUGCAAUGGAUUAAAGAGAACAGAAGGUUAAUCUACACUGGCUUUCAGAAAAUGGAAGUGCAACAUAUCUUUUGUUUUGUUGUUUUUGUCUUAUUCCUCUGGAUGGUUGUGUUUUUUCCUUUGGCAAUGUUUGUCACUGUGCCAUUUAUUUUUCUUAUUCUUGGAGUACCAAAGAUCCUGAAAUGGCUUGAUUGCAACCAUAUGAAAAUUUAUUUUCUGGAAGUAUGUUUUGUUAACUUUUGUUAAAAUGUGGAAUUGUGUAUGCAAAUUGUUAUCAGAGGUUUGCUGGGAAGUUAACCUCUUCCAGCAGGAAAAACUUGAGUGUAUCAGUGGAAGCGGUGAGCCUGAAUCCAAAUUCUGGAUCCAAAUACCCUGAAACUGGGGAGGAAGCUUGGAUUGGGAAGUGCAACUGAGCCUUUGCACUUUGUUCCAUCCCCAAUCGGCGUGAGUGAGUGGCCUUAGGUACAGGACAUCAGCAGAGGUUGUUCAUGUGCAAACGGAGUUAAAAAAAUUGCCAGCAUUCACAAAUCAAAUAUUGUUAAUACUGCAUUUGCACUGUUAAAUUUGCCUUGCUGGAGAGUUAUAUAAGUGUUAUUUUUAUAGGUCAAUUGUUAAACACCUGAGCCGUUGGAUACAGUAUGGAAUAAUAGCAUCUGACGUGGGUGAAUUCACCUAAGUGCAAAGGGGCUUGCUGAAAGCUCUCCACACUACUAAGAGAAAUGGGCAUAAGCAGUACAAAGAGUGUCGUGUCAGCUCCUUCUAAAGAGGUGACUUUCCUCCUCUGCAACAGCAAGUAGGGAAUACUGCAGUUUAGCCCGGUUAUACUCUAAUGCUUAGGAAGUGCUCUCACUUUUCAAUAAUAUGAGCAAUUACAAGCAUUGUAACAUACUGUACCUUGUCCUUUAAUGUUGAUAUAUUACAGCAGCUUGUUCUUGGAGUUGAAAUGGCAACUGCUAUAUUUUUCCUAGACUGUUUCAUUAGUUGUGGUUGGAAAAGUUACAUAGAAGCAUUAUAAAAAUUUAUAUGAGGCUUUUUACAGCAUUUGAAAAUAAAAGUAGCAUUCUUUUUGUAAAGUUGCUGGUUUUGUUUCUCUUCCAUAACGGGAGGCAUCUAAGGAAUUGAGACACUGUUCUGUGUAUUCUCACUUCAGCAACACUGGGGUCUUCACUGUCCAUGGAAUUUAUUCUCAAUCAAAAAGUAGAGAUUGCAAAAAUUGCUCGACUGGUACCAACUGCUGUCACAUGAAACUACUUCUAAAAUGGUUAUUGCCCUUCACAAGAGACUUUAUCUUCUUCCCUGUAGAUGAUAAUUUAUUCAAGAAAGGCUUCCACAGGUAUUGGUGUUGUUUGAUUAACUAUAGAAACAGUUUUGUCCUACUGUUCCCAGUUCCUUGCUGAGUUUAGAGCGGUGGCAGCAGAUGCAGUUGUGACAGUCACGUAAAAACAUAUUAGAGACUUGAGCAGCUGGUGACUAGCCUUCUUGGGAGCCCUCCAGUGAAUAACAGCUUUCCACUUAAGAACUGCUGCUCUCCAUAAAUAGCAUGAUUUUAACAGAAUUUUACAAAUUCAAUUUAAUGGGAUUAUGAUUUUCUUCCAGUAACCAGAUAUUAUCUCACAAAGCUACAUAUCGUAAGGAAAUGGAGGCUUAGUUCUUCAUCUCUUUGUAUUACCAAAUUCAGUAUUCCUCAAAAAUACAGCACUUAAUUGGCAAAUGUAAAGGCUAUGCCGUCAGUACUUGCAGAAAUGUGGGGGUUUUUUAAAUCAACCACUUUUAUAAACAUUAAACUAUUAAAUAUAUUUGAAACAUACUGCAUAUAUGUUCUGCAUUUGUCAUGUCUUUUUUCUUGUGCAAAGUGUGCCUUGUACUUAAACAAAACAAUUAUGCUUUGGACAAUAAAGUGUCUUCCUAUGGAAAGAGAAGGGAGGAGUAUUUAAAAGAGUUUGUCUCUUGCUGUUGGGAGUGAUGAUAAUACCAAUUCCCAGCUCUGUACUAGACAGGGAUGUAUUUGCAGUUCAGGUAGUCAUUAUUGCACUUCCUUAAGGUAAUUUUCUUUAACGUGCAUGUAAAUUUUAAAUAUCAGAGGGGUCAUAAAAUGCCUAUCCCACAGCUGAGUUUCAGAGGUGAAAGCAGGUUUUAAAUGUGUGUGCCAGUAGACUGUAACCAGUCAGCCGUGCUGGGUUCAGCUGUGCCAGGCUCUGCUGCACGGAAUGCCAUUCUGCCUAGAACAUGUCACCGUCUGAAAGACAUCAUAUAUGUUAACUAUUGGGACAGUUCCAUGCUGGAGAAGGGCAAGUUAACAUGUGUAUAUAUGAUAGAAGCAGCAUAUUCUCUGUCAACAGUAAUGGCACCAGGAGUUGAACACUUAAUCACACGGGAAUGUUUCUAUAGUCAGUGUGAGGGGAAAUGAAUCCGUACAUGUGCAGAUGAGAACUCAUCUCACUGCCUUCUACUUCUCCCACCAUCUCUCUCCAGGUUAUUUGAUAGCAUGGAGGUCACUGUUCUCUGGGGAAACACGGAAUGUAGGCUUGAACCUUCUCAUGCUAAGUACUUUGUCAGAUCCCAAUCAAGUCAGAGCUCUGCUAGGAACGGUUUGUUUCUGAUUUGAACUGACCCUUGAUGCCACAUCUUAUUUCUGUACCAGCUGCUUUAAUAUGUUUCUAGUGAGCCACCAUCUGCUGCUGCUUCUCUCUCCUCUAGAAAUACUGCUCUCUGUAUGGGCUGCCCCUGGGCAGUCCACCUUCUAUUGGUAGCAGUUCCUUGGCCUCCAGGUGUCUCUGCUCACCCUCCCACACACAAAGACAAAAUCUUUGCCCUUGCCUCUACUUUUCCUGCCCACGAAACCAAAAGCUGUUGAGAAGGCAGCUUGUCAGCAGAGUAAGUGCUAUGACCUUGAAGCUGUUGUGUAAAAGCAAAAUCAGAGCCCUUGCUCCACGUUUUGAAAAACAGGCGGCAGCUACAGAUAGCAAGUGUUACAUACACACCACGUCUAUGUAACACCUUGUUUCCUUCCAGGGAUUUAGGCAGAAUCUGCCCCUCGAUGUGAAUAUGAGGGCUGGAAUAUCAUCCUAUUGGAGCUCCAAUGGGAAACAAGUAUCAAAAUGUGGAUCGUAAACUAGACACACGUCACAGAGUUUCAGUCCAGCAGCAUGCCUUUGAGGUCUCAUCCAGCUCCACUGAUGUCAGCAAAAGAUCCUUAUCUAAACCCCAAAGAAAGCAGUGAACAAGUACAUUUCAAAAGCAAGCUGUUUGCUGAUGCCAUGUUUUUAUGUUUGUUACAAAUGAGACAAAAAGGCUUUACGCUCUGUAGAAUUUGUUUGAAAAGCAGGAUGUGAAGAGGAUGUCUUGUGGGUUCAAAU